AUGAUCAAUAAAGAUCGUAUUUCUUGUAUUCUAAAAUCAUCACCGUGCAAUUCCUUAAGUACUCAACAUACUACUGAUAAUUCCAUUCUUACAUCGACAAGAAAUCCAGAAGAAAAUUUAAAAUUUUUGAUUAGCAACAGUCGAAGAAGAGCAAUUUUGCCUACACCACAUAGACUAAAAAACUUUCAAAAUUUAUUUACUAUGAAUAAUAAAAAAGAAACAAAUACUCGUGAACAAGCACUUAUUUCGAAAGAUACACGAAGUCAGUCUCGUGAUAAAAAUCCAUCUCAGGUGGAUGUUGAUAAUACCGAUAAUAGCUCGCCUACUAAAAAUUCGAAUAAUUUGACUGAUAUGAUUCCAAAUUUCCAAGUGGAAAAUGGUUCCAUUGAUAAUGCGAAUCAACAAAAUAGAGCAUCUAAGGAUAACGAUGCAAUUGAUGAUUCGAAGAAUGACGAGUCUUAUAAGAAAAUAAAUCCAUCAGCUCGUCUUAUUAAGCAUUCUGAAGAAGUACCUGAAGUUGAUGCUCAAUUACAACCCGAACAGGAUACAAAUGAUGAUGAGACAGAAAAUAAAUUCAAUCAACUUCGUAUAGGGAGAAAUUUUCGAUUUGAAGCUAUUUUGGUUGUAGUCGAAGGUUACGCUAAACGUAAAUAUAUAAAAAAUCGAAAAGAAAUUGGAUCUUUUGAUGAUUUUUAUGAAUUCUUGGUACCAGAAUUCGAACCUUCUGAUAGUGCGUCAUAUAAAUCUAAACCUCGUCAAACUGCAACUAAUAACUCAUGCGAUUCUAUACCGACAUAUCAAACUAAUUUCGCUAAUGAGUCUAAUCCAAUCGUUUCGAAUAAUUCGAACACGAUUAAAUCUACUAUUAUGGUUAAUCUUGAUACCAUCGAUGGCAUUGGUGAAAGACCAGUCAUAAAUUCAACCAUAGUCUCCGAUAGCUUUUCUACUCCUAUAUCUGAUCAAACACAAAAUGAUCUUCGUAAAGCGAUUGCAGGAAAUCUAAUAAAAAAUCCUAAAAGCUUUAAGGGUGGCAAAGACGAUGUAAAAAAGUGGAUCGAAGAAAUCGAACAUCUCUUAGAUGUAGCUCAUAUUACCGAUGCUACUCGAUUAAACUUGAUCUCUUAUUCGCUACGAGGCGAUGCUUUAGAAUGGUUUAAAAAUAAUCGAUUAUUAUUUUCUUCAAGGAAUAUUUUUGUAUCAGAAUUGAUAAGAGCCUUCACGUCAUCUUUCCAUGAAGAAUUAGCAUUUAAAAAACUCGAAUCGUAUUCUCAAGGAGAACAUCAAUCGAUUCGAAGUUUUUUCAACGAAGUUUUGAAACUUUGUAAGGAUGCGGAUUCUACUAUGAGCGAGGCGACAAAAUUGAAAAAUCUUUUGAAUAAAACAAAACCUAGUAUACAGUUCGAGGUACUCGUUCAACAGCAAUCGAUACCCUCGUUAAUAUCCACUUCAAUACCACCUGUCAAUCAAUCAUUUGGUAAAACGUGGAAUAAUUUUUCACCCCAUUAUUCAAGAAAUUUCGAUAAUAAUUACCGAGCUCCAAAUAUUCGAAGUACCUAUUCAAAUCCUAAUUCUUCAUCUUUUUUGUAUUCACAAUCAACUCAAAAUAAAUCUCGACCAACUAAUAACUUUUCUCGAUAUCCUCAACAGGAAACUUCUUUUAACUCUACCAAUCAUACACAUAAACCAUAUCAACAACCCCGACCCAACUAUUCAAGUAAUAACUAUUCUCGGGAACGUACAGCCAAUACCAUCAGUCUACCACAGACAACGACAACUGCUAUACCAUUAAACGAAUCAUACCCAUCUGCUAUCUGUAGUCAAUGUAAUCAGUCUGGACAUGAGGCUGCGGCCUGUUCAAAUUUUUAA